GUUGCUUUUGACCGUACGUCAAAUAUCCACAUUGUACUUUCAGACUUGUAAAAUGUAUUUCUGCCACACUGAUUUCGUUCUAUCCUAAACUUAAGAAGCCAUGUUUCCUGUUGCACGAAUCUUAGGCUCGGCAUCGUGCAACAGGCUAUUUCAACCUCAGGUGCUAUGUCAAGAAAGAGUUUGUUGGCCUUCCAAUGAGUUGCACAGAAAUUUACCAAGGCAUAGAAACUUUUACCACGGUAGAAACAUUUUCCACCCAAGGUCGAAUAAUAAUUUAAACGAAUUUCCUGCUAAACGUCAAUUCACUGACAAAUUUUCCGAGAAGGGCAGAGGCGAGGAACUUAACUAUGUUCUCAAACUUGCCUCAGAGCAAUUUAUGAAGAUAAAAAAGAACAGGGUUAAAGAAAUCGCCAAUGAUAUCGUCAAAUUGAAAGAGGAGAUCAAGAUUUUGGAAUCCAAAACUAGCCACAAAUCAAGGAAACACAAGGAGAAUCUGCUAAAGGAAUUGAAAGCUCUGAAGGAUUUGUUGGAGCAAUUCAAAAAGAGUCUCGAAAAAUGACCUAUCAAACGGAUACAAUGCUGAAGUUGGUCGAAAAGCUUUUCCAACUGUUGCGACCCAGGAUGUGUCAGUUUUCACAAUCCAACAAGAACAUAUCCAAGCAUUUGUUCGAAAAAGCCAGGGCGGAGGAGAACAUACAUUUCCUUAAACUGGUUGGUUUGUGAUCUCAAAAAACGAAAGUAAUCUAUUUAAAUUUAAUUGCAAAUUUACCCAGCAACGGGAACAGCUGAAGUCGUUGCGAGAAAAGAUUCUCAGCCAGAAGAACGAAGUCACAACAAAGAUCAUCAAGGUGGAUAAGCAGAUACAAUCGUUGGAAAAAACCAAGACCGAAGGCUCACAGAUGAACCAUGAACAAAAUUAAUAAAGUGUAGCUGAAACAUUUG